AUAGGAUGUGAUUGAACGUUGUUGAUUCAUUUCAUUGGUUCAGCUCUUGCAAAUGUCAAACAUAACCUCAUUCGACCAAGUGUCUACCUAACCAAGUCCACGUGGGCGUAAAGUGUCAAUGGUUUUAUCUUUUGGAGAUGAGGUCUCAAAAAUGGGAAGACUUGGAAGUCCCAUUAAGCAAACCUGUUCUGGAAACUUUGAACGUACAAAACUUUCAUACGAUGACGCCUGUCCAGACUGCCUGCAUACCGUUGCUAUUAAAAGGAAAGGAUGUUGCUGCGGAGGCUGUAACAGGCAGUGGUAAAACACUGGCAUUCUUAAUUCCAAUGCUAGAACUCUUACAGAGACGUGAGGAUGGUUGGAAAAAGUUGGAAAUUGGUAGCAUUAUUAUAUCACCAACACGAGAAUUAGCUGCACAAAUAAACGAAGUCCUUGCCAACUUUCUGAUCCGUAUUCCAACUUUGAAACAAGUGUUACUAGUCGGUGGGACAACUGUAGACGAAGAUGUAACGAAGCUCAAGAAUGGUGCCAACAUCAUUGUAGCAACCCCUGGAAGAUUGGAAGACAUUCUGUCGAAUUGCAAAGAUAUCAAUUUAGCUUCAAACGUGAAAGCUUUGGAAUUACUGGUGCUAGAUGAAGCUGAUAGACUUCUAGAUUUGGGAUUUACAGCAACGAUAAAUACAAUUUUGAGCUACUUACCUAGGUUACGGAGAACUGGAUUGUUCUCAGCAACUCAAACAAAAGAAUUGCAACAAUUGAUAAGAGCUGGCUUACGUAAUCCAGUUGUAGUUUCAGUCAAAGAAAAAGCUAGCAUUUCUACUCCUUCGAUGUUAAUAAACAGUUGUGUGAUUGUCAGUGCAGAAAAUAAACUUGCUACAAUGUACAGCUUUAUCAAAAAGAAAGGAACUGGUCUGAAGUACAUGAUAUUUUUCUCUACAUGCGCCUGUGUUGAUUAUUUUAGUCAUGUUCUUAAAAUGCUCUUUCAAUCCUCGAAUGUAUUUGCACUCCAUGGGAAAAUGAAAGAUAAACGAUAUAAAAUUUUCGAGAAAUUUCGCAGCUCCGAUAAUGGUUUAUUAUUAUGUACCGAUGUCAUGGCACGUGGAGUUGAUAUACCAGAAGUGGAUUGGGUUUUACAAUACGAUCCGCCAUCAAAUGCCAGUAGCUUUGUACAUAGAUGCGGCCGCACAGCCAGGAUCGGUAACGAGGGAAAUGCUCUAUUAUUUCUGUUGGAGUCUGAAGAUGCUUACAUAGAUUUCAUAAGGAGGAAUCAGAAAGUAGAUUUAAAUAAAAUCGAAUUAGAACUACCUACAAGUGUGGUGAAAUGUUUAAAAGUCAUGAGGAGUAUACAACAAAGUGAUAGACUUAUAUUUGAUAAAGCUAACAGGGCAUUUGUAUCAUAUGUACAAGCUUACCAAAAACACGAAUGCAGUCUCAUACUCAGGUUAAAGGAUCUCGACUUGGGAAAAGUUGCUAUGGGUUUUGGGCUACUGAAAAUGCCCCGAAUGCCAGAACUUAAAAAACAGGACACGUCAUUCUUUCAAGAUCCUGCAAUUGAUAUAAAUUUAAUUGCUUACAAAGAUAAGCAGCGCGAAUCUAAAAGAUUGGAGAAAUUAAAGGUCUUCCGAGAAACAGGCAUUUGGCCAACGAAGAAUAAGCGCCCUGCGAAACAAACUGAACCCUGGUCUGAAACUAAAAAGAAAAAGUUAGAUUCAAAGGACAAACGUAACAAGCGUAAAGAAAAAAAAGCUCUGACUGGGCCAGUCAAGAAAAAACGUAAAAAAGUAUGCCAAGAAGAUGUAGAAGAAUUGGCAAAAGAUAUAGCAUUAAUGAAGAAAUUGAAAAACAAAAAGAUAUCACAAGAACAAUUUGAUUCAGCUUUCGGAAUCAAUUGAAAAACAUCUUAGACAGGGUACAACAGGCGAUUGAAUCAUUAUUGCGCGCGGAAUUUUUUGAUGCAUGGAGCCUCAGUCAGAAAUUGAUAGCUUAUAAAUAGCGAUUAUUUAUACUUGUCUAAGAAAGAUUAACUUUUAUCUGAUACUAAUUGUAAGGCUCUUAACUUCAAGUAAACAAUAAAAAAUGUUAUUAUUGUUUGAA